CCAGGGCUCCGACGGGAGGUGUGUGUACCUUUACCUGGCCUCAGCGGCUCCCUCAGCUCCUCUGGUGGUACAGCCUGACUGGGAUUUUGCCGGGACGUGAAACGCAGGCAAGUCACACAUACGAGCACACACAGCGAAGACAGACAGAGACAGGAGGAGAUCAAGCAGGCAGGCAAACAGACUGACGUACGGUUGGAGGGAGGCGAACGCACACCACCAUGGGCUGCUGUGACAGAAGGUGCGGGCUGAUUGCCGGAGCUGUGCUUGGAGCUGUGGUAGCCACCCUGGGAGGCAUCCUUAUUCCAGUCGGGAAUAAAAUCAUCAAGGAGACAGUGGAGAAGGAAGCUGUCAUUGAGCCUGGAACAAAAGCCUACGAGAACUGGGCGGCUGGAGGGGCACUGGUGUACAGGCAGUUCUGGUUUUUUGACGUGCAAAAUGCACAGGAGGUCUUGCAGAAUGGCUCGGCCCCAGUUGUAGUAGAAAAAGGACCCUACACAUUCAGGACAAGAUAUCUUGCAAAAACUAACAUCACAUUCAACCCCAAUAAAACUGCUGCCUUCCUGCUGCCUCAGGGUGCCAUAUUUGACCCAUCCAUGUCGGUGGGAUCAGAGGAAGACCAGAUCACUACGCUCAAUCUAGCGGUGGCUGGAGCUUAUGCAGUGGUUCCACCAGCGCUGCACAUCUUUUUACAAUUGCGGAUCAAAGCAACCAAUUCGUCCCUGUUCCAGACCCGCAGUGUGAGGGAACUGCUGUGGGGCUACUCCGACCCCCUCCUUAAAGAUAUCGUGGGCCUGUUUGCAGGUUACAAUGAAACCUAUGACGGCAGCUUUAAUAUCUUUACCGGCAAGGACGACAUUUCAAAAGUGGGAAAAAUUGACAACUGGAAAGGAAACAAGAAAUUACCUUUUUGGAAUGAUCCUUAUUGUGACAUGCUUAAUGGGACAGAUGCUACAUCCUUUCCUCCCUUUUUGGACAAGGAGACACCCCUCUAUUUCUUCUCAUCAGACAUCUGCAGAUCUGUAUCAGCCAGCUACGAGGAAACAGUUGACCUGAAAGGGAUUCAGGUAUACCGAUACUCCCUCAUCCCAGCCACCCUGGCCUCCCCCGUGGAGAACCCAGACAACAGAUGUUUCUGCAAAAGCAUGAAGACCUCCAAGAACUGCACCCUGGCCGGAGUGCUGGAGUUAAGCGCCUGCCAACAGGGAAGACCCAUCUUCCUCUCUCUUCCCCACUUCCUUCAUGGUAGUCAGUCACUGCGGGAGGACAUACUGGGCCUCAACCCCAACGAGGAGCAACAUAAAACCUUCCUGGAUGUGGAACCAACCACUGGGUUUACGCUGAAUUUUGCAAAAAGAAUUCAAGUGAAUAUGAUGUACGGACCAUCAAAGGUUAUCACAGUGCUGAAGAAAGUCAAAGACUAUACCACAUUCCCUCUUGUAUGGAUGAAUGAGACGGCUUCUGUGGACGAUGAAACGGCAGAAAUGUUUAGGACGGAGCUCCUAUCAAGUAUCGAGAUGUUGGGUAUCAUACAGAAGUCCCUGCUGGGUACAGGUGUGACCGUCUUCGUCAUUUGCCUCAUCUCUUACUGCGUGGUGAGGAGAAACGAAAGCAAGAUUGCCUGAACAAAUCCUGUAUUCAACCAUGUGAGAAAAGCACAGUGCAUUCAAGCUGCUACGCGACAUCAACCCUUUUGAUAUAGACUUGCACUUUUUUGUAAUUUUCACUGUUAUUUAUAAUGCGAUACCUCCUUUUCUUUAAAAAAAAAAAUGGGGGUGAAACUGUGAUUUUUGUAAAGCUGGAGACCUGAAUUCCUUCAGUUAGUUGUUUUUUUUUCAGCUGCAAACACCGUAACAUGAAUACAAUCAGGGAUUUGUUAAGCACAAAAAACGUACAACUCCGCUCAACUAUCACCAAGCCCUCAGAUCUCUGAGGAGAGAAAUGAGUUUGUUUUGACAUUGUAAGACAGAACUAUAUACUCAUAUAAAAACAAGUCUAAUAUGACGCAAAUGUUCAUAUCCUUUGCUGAAGUACUGUAUUCAAAAUGAAUAAAAGCUAUAAAAAAAAGAGUUCUA